AUGACGCUUGGGUGCGGUAUGAUGAUUCCAGUCUACGCAGGUAAUUGUUCUACGCCAGCAACACGGAGUAAAGUCUUUUGUGCAGACGAGCAGAACGACAGCUCGAACAUUAUGCAUCGUUCCAUUACACUACCUGUUUCCACGAUACCAUACGAAGGGUUUUUACCAAACGCCACUUGGUCAAACCUUGCUGCUGGUUCACCGGACCGUACUUCAUCAAUAACUAACGGAACAUCAACCACUCAGUUACUCAUGAAUUAUAAAAAUGACCAUUUGUGUAAAGGACUUCAAGUACUUCCAACGGUGUAUCGCAAACCACAAAGAGCUAGUGGAGGGGGCACUGUCACUGGUGUAGAUCCACCUACCCAAGAGCGUGUGAGAGUAAAACCGCAUAUCCCCGAAGAAUUUCUCAUCAAACUUCCUGUUUCUACCGCUCGUAAUAGAGGUGAUUUUGUAACGGAGGACGUGGAAGUUGACAGCAACACUUGUGCCUACAUGAUACCCUCAUGUUCAAUCAAAGAAAACGGAUGCUGUAAAGCUGGUGACCAAUCAGACGACGGAAAGAGGUUGGAAAUGAGUCGAUCCUUAAUGUUUAAGGCCGACGUAUUAUUGAAGGAGGCUGAUUCGCUUCUGAAGUAA